UUGUCUAUACAACGUGGCUUCAUUUGUUUCAUAGCAACUCAGAUUCUAUCCACAGAGUUUGGGAACACAAUAAUCAGUUUGGCAGUGAUUUCCAAUUUUCUUUUAUCAUGAUAUUCAUAUUAUCAGCCAAUCACAACACACUUACUAUCAACAUUCCCACCAUGCCUGCUUCUGCAGACAUCAUAACUGUCUGAACUACAAACACAAAACCAGAAAAACAACGAAAGUUAUGCAACAAAAUUCUAAAUUUGGUAUUAGUUUUUGAUUCAUUUUAGAGAAAGACCAAAAGGGUAUAUAGCUAUUUGCUACCCACUAUUUUCUCAAUGGUGGGUGCACUCUUAAACCAACCACAGGGUCUCAAAGCAACACCAACCACUGCAAUAUCUAGCAAUUCCCUUCAACAAUAUGAAAGGAUUUCAGCUUCCCAUUUAGCAGUUCUCAAGAAACCCAUUUCAGAUUCCAGAGGUUUUUCAUCAAAACAAAGUUCUUUUCUUAGAGGUCAGUUCAAUAGCAGACACUUCCUCGGCUUCUCUUCAAGUCGAGCUCGUAGGUUUCAAGCAGGGCUUGUGAUUUCACCAAGUUGUGUCCUUCCAUUAACUGAAGAGAAUGUAGAGAAGGUUUUGGAUGAAGUACGACCUGGAUUAAUGGCUGAUGGAGGGAAUGUGGCUUUACAUGAGAUAGAUGGCCUUGUUGUCGUACUAAAGCUACAAGGAGCAUGUGGAUCAUGUCCAAGCUCAACUAUGACACUAAAGAUGGGAAUUGAAACUCGUCUUCGAGAUAAAAUACCUGAAAUUAUGGACGUGGAGCAGAUCCUAGACAGAGAGACAGGACUUGAGCUCAAUGAGGAGAAUGUCGAAAAGGUUCUUGAUGAGAUUAGACCAUACCUUGCGGGUACAGGAGGUGGAAUUCUUGAGCUUAUUCAAAUCAAUGACUAUAUUGUCAAUGUUCGGCUUAGUGGACCUGCAGCUGGAGUUAUGACAGUCCGUGUUGCUCUAACACAAAAAUUGAGGGAAAAAAUACCUUCCAUUGCAGCUGUCCAGCUGAUAGAAUAAGUGAAUAACAUAUAAACUGAAAAACAUUGUCUAUGACAAUCAGAAUAUAGCUUUACAUUCAUAUGUUUCAGAAUGUAACUGGUCAUAAAAAAUUUUCAACUUGGAAAUAUCAAGUUACCUCCUAAGCUCUGAUACAUGCUUUCCAUGUACUUCAGAAUUUAUAAGAAAAUGAGCUGGGUGGCAUGAUGUAAUUACUUAGAACUUUAGUACUUUCCAUAUGGUAAGAAUGUCAUUGAAGUCCAUGGCUGAUGGCUGAGGGACUAGAUUUAUUGCUUAUCUACUCUAAGCAAUUGUGAUUUCAAACCAAUUUGUUCAGUCAUACUGGUUCAUGCUA